AUGGGUGUCACCAACCCUCCCCGGGCCACCAUGGGCACCGCAAUCAACCAGACCAGUAUGGCACGUCUCGCGUCCCUCAACUCGAUCAAUGACUGGUGUGUCUUUGCGCCCCCAGAGCCCAACUCGGUCAUUGGUGACACCGAGGAGUUUGAGGUCGCUUGGUGCAUGCAACCCCGUAACAACGCCCGUGUCAUCCCGGACGGAACCAUCACGGCCGCCCACUUUGUCAAGACCCCUCUCUACUGGCAGAUCCAGGGCUUCGGUGACCUCACCAAGCUCAACAUCCAGGCCGGCGACCAGGGAGGAGAGCUCGACCCCCACGGUGCUACCGGUAACGGUAACCCUGUCGGCGGAAACGUGACCACCAACGCUACCGGUCAGGAUGUCAGCUACGAGGAGUGGAUGAACUACAUGUCCGCCACCCAGUUCUGUCUCCGUAUCUGUAUCGCCCAGAACUCGACCUACUCGGCUGCUAUCGAGUGCCAGCACACCAUCGACCUUCUCGGUUGCCAGUGGGUGAUGCCCGGAGACUACACCGACAACUCGUUCACCGAGUGUGACGCCGACGCUGCCUACCCCCCUGGUGUCUACCCCCAGGCCAACGGCUCCACGUCGACCUUUGCCCAGCGUUACACCGGUACCUACACCCAGGGCGGAUCCAUCGGUCUCUUCACCAUCGGCCAGACUGUCACUCCCCAGACCCCUUACUCCACCCCCGCUUCUUCCAACUGCAAGACAUACACCUCGAUCGGUAACGGUAUUGCUUCGCUCGCCGGUGCUGCCGUCUCCACGAGCCGCGCUUCCGGCUCCAGCAGCAUGUCUGGCUCUGCCUCCAUGUCGGGCUCCAUGUCGUCCAUGUCUGGCUCGGCUUCAUCCCGCUCCGGCUCGGCCUCCGUUUCGGGCGCGUCCAACUCGGCCGCUUCCGCCGUCGCUAGCGCUAGCAAGUCCGGCUCGGGCGCCAUGUCUGGUUAUGCCGGCGCCAACUACGGACCCGUCAUGGCCGUGGGCUUCAGCGUGUUCGCCGUCAUGGCCGGUGCGGGUGCCAUCCUUCUUUAA